CAGCUGACUCGUCUGGACAGCGCCAGGUGCUGUUCUCAUAUUUUCCUUGGAGGAGCGGUGGGUUAAGGGCGAGGAGUAGAAUAUCGACAGACGGGCGACUAGUCAGUGGAGUUGCAGGUGGCGUUAGGAUGUUUCAGCAAUCUGCACCACGCUCUCCUUGAAUGUUCGCCAACACGGAACCAUUGCAUAAGUGGAUAUAGAAACGAAAACCCGCUGUAAAAUAUUUUACUAGUUUCUGCUUGACAAACAUGGACUGAAGGGAGAGUAAUCAUACGUGAUCAUCUAUAAGGGAUUCGUUUAGGAAAUAUUUUAUUUUAUUUAUUUGUUGGGAAUAUAGAUUAAGCUCUUGACGCAUAGAGGUGAAGGCUCUUGUCACAAACCGUUGCAAACCGUGUCCAAAGAUAUCGGAUGAAACAGAGAUGGGCUUACAUGUCAAAAAGACUUACCUUGUAGUUCUGAGUUCUUCAUGAAAGGGACACUAAACUGUGAAAGCCUCGCAGGAACAGUGAAGUUAACAGUGGAACUGUUUUAUUGGAACCCCCUGCGCAUCUUGUCCUUUCUGGAACGUUUUAGACGGAUACAAACUCAAUUCAGCAGCACCUCUGGUUAAUGAAAAUCAUCUAGACACGUCCAAGUUCAUCUACCGCUUCUGGUGUCCAACCCUCUGUGGGUUUGGACCGGUGAACCCAGACAGACAGGAUGGCGAGAGAGAGGCUCAUCAGCUCUCUGCUGGGCCAGUUGUUUGCGGGCCUGAUUCUGGCGUCCGUUGGACAUUCCUCCAACCAGAGAGACAAUGACUGUCCCCAGCUGUGCGUGUGUGAGAUCCGACCCUGGUUCACCCCCCAGUCCACCUACAGAGAAGCCACAACGGUGGACUGCAACGACCUCCGUCUCACACGCAUCCCUGGCAAUCUGUCCAGUGACACUCAGGUGCUUCUUCUUCAAAGCAACUACAUCGCAAGGACCAGCGAGGAGCUGGAGCAGCUCUUCAACCUGACGGAGCUGGACCUGUCUCAGAACAACUUCAGCAGCAUCCACAACGUGGGCCUCGCCAACAUGUCCCAGCUCACCACCCUGCACCUUGAGGAGAACCAGAUCGCAGAGAUGCCGGACUACUGCCUGCAGGACCUCAGCAACCUGCAAGAGCUAUACAUCAACCACAACCAGAUCAGUGUCAUAUCUCCCAACGCCUUCUCCGGCCUGCACAACCUACUCAGGCUCCAUCUCAACUCCAAUCGGCUCAAGGCUAUUGACAGCCGCUGGUUUGAAUCCACGCCCAACCUGGAGAUCCUUAUGAUCGGGGAGAAUCCCGUGGUUGGCAUCCUGGACUUUAACUUUAAGCCUCUUGUGAACCUGAGGAGCCUGGUUCUGGCUGGAAUGGAUUUAACAGAUAUCCCCGGAAAUGCAUUUGUGGGCCUGGACAACCUAGAGAGUCUCUCCUUCUAUGACAAUAAGCUAGUCCAUGUUCCUCAGAACGCUAUUCAAAAACUAAGUAGCCUAAAAUUCCUGGACUUGAACAAAAACCCUGUGCACAAAAUCCAAGAAGGAAACUUUAGGAACAUGCUGAGGCUGAAAGAGCUGGGCAUAAACAACAUGGGGGAGCUGGUCUCCAUUGACCAAUUUGCUCUCGAUAACCUCCCUGAGCUUACCAAGCUGGAGGCCACUAACAACCCUAAGCUAUCAUAUGUUAGCCGCCAGGCUUUCCGCAACAUCCCUGCCCUGGAGAGCCUUAUGCUGAACAACAACGCCUUCAGCUCCCUGUACCAGUCCACUGUAGACUCCCUUCCCAACCUGCGGGAGAUCAGCAUCCACAGCAACCCCCUGCGAUGUGACUGCGUCAUUCAGUGGAUGAGUUCCAACAAGACCAGCAUCCGCUUCAUGGAGCCCCGCUCCAUGUUCUGUGCCACGCCAGCCGAGGUUAGAGGUCGACACGUCAGGGAGGUGCUCCAGCAGGACACAGCGGAGCAUUGCCUGCCCAUGAUCUCCCAUGACACCUUUCCCAACCACCUGAACCUAGACACUGGCAUGACUGUGGAACUGGACUGCCGAGCCAUGGCCCAGCCCGAACCCGAGAUAUACUGGGUCACGCCCAUGGGGAGCAAGGUGAUGAUGGACACCCUGUCUGAUAAGUACAGGCUCGGUGGCGAGGGAACGCUGCGUAUCUCUCACAUCGAGGUUGAGGACUCUGGCAGGUACACCUGCGUGGCCCAAAAUACCGAAGGGGCUGAUACUCGGGUGACUGCCAUCAGGGUGAAUGGUACACUCUUAGACAGCACUCAGCUGAUGAAGGUUUACGUGAAGCAAGCGGAGUCCCACUCCAUCCUGGUCUCCUGGAAGGUCAACUCCAACGUCAUGACCUCCAACCUCAAAUGGUCGUCUGCCACGAUGAAGAUAGAUAACCCCCACAUCACAUACACUGCCCGGGUCCCAGUGGAUGUCCAUGAGUAUAACCUUACACACCUGCAGCCCGCCACAGAGUACGAGAUAUGUCUCGCCGUCUCCAACAUCCACCAGCAGACACAGAAGUCCUGUGUGAAUGUCACGACCAAGCACGCCACCUUCACCGUGGAGAUAUCAGACCAAGGCCCUAACACGGCUCUGGCAGCAGUAAUGGGAACCAUGUUCGGUGUCAUCAGCCUGGCCUCCAUGGCUGUGUGCAUGGCUAAGAGGUGGAAGAGAAAAAACUACAAUCACUCCCUGAAGAAGUACAUGCAGAAAACCUCCUCUAUCCCGCUCAAUGAGCUCUACCCUCCCCUCAUCAACCUGUGGGAGGCAGACAGUGAGAAGGACAAAGAGGUGUCCUCCUCCUCAGAGUCCAAACCUACCCAGGUGGACACUACGAGGAGCUACUACAUGUGGUGAGAGCUACUUCAUUUGAAGUAAACCAUAAAGACCUUUAGGAGCAUUAAGUCACUUCUUUCACCACUUUGUGUGACCGUAAGUUGAAAGAUUUUGUUCCCCAGUUUUCUGUUUAGCUCAUUCGAGGUGAAGGACAGACUGAUAUUUCACUCUUUUUACUAUAGUAUGUCGCCUUUCUUCUCUUGCCCCCUCUUUGACACUCAAUAAGGCAGCUUUGUUUAGCUCCCAGGACUUGGUAGUCACUGUGCUUUCUUCUUAGUAUCGUUUCGAUAGCACAGCAUGGGUAUUGUUAAGGAUUCAGUCUGGAUCAACUUGCUGGAGCUAGGAUUGGAUCCAUUUUGAUUUCUUUCUCAGUUGGUAUUCAGAAUGCAAUGUUUUUAUUUGGUUUUAUGUAAAACAGUUAACUGUUGUGCACUGAAAUAUAUAAACCAAUUUGUCUAUGAACUCCAAUAUAAGCUGACAAAGUAUGUUAGACUUGAUAUACUGUCUAUUGAAUAACGUUAGCAAUUGUUCUGUAAUGUUGUAUCAACUAUAAUUUGAACAACUUUUUUUACAUUAACCAACGUUAUUUGUUUUAAUUUAGAACUUACAUUUGCAGAGAGAAAAUACAGUAAACCAGCAAUAGAAAUAUGAAUGUUUAAUAACUAGGAACGUAGAUGUGAGGCUUUUUAAAUUCUCAGAAUAUUCUUUUUUAUUUUGCUAGAAUCUAUCAACCAUCACUGAUUUUAUUGGGAUUUGCACAUGCAAAUAUGUGGUAUAUUGAGGAGCAAACAAAAAUAAAAUACUUUUUUCCUCAUGUUUUUAAUACAAUU